AUUCAGAUGUGGAGUGGAGAAACACCGGGUGUUGGAUUCUAGUCUACUUUACUACUCUCCUACUAUUACUUCUCAAUCUCAAUUCCCCAAUUCCUCAACACAUACUAUAUAUAUAUAUAUACAUAUUUUUAAAAAUUAGACUAAAACUAAUAAACAAAAUCAAGCUUAAACUUCAUACUUGGUCUAUCGUGUCUCACUGACACACCUCUGUUAUCUUUUUCCCAAUUUUAUUUUCUUGAAACAAAGUCCAAGAGAGAUUCUAAGCUCAAUAAAUUGUUUGUUUCAGCUUGUGAACUUGUACUGUAUUUAUACACACGCGUUAAUAUAUAUAAUUAUAUUUUGGUGGAAGAGUGGUACUUCAAUGAGUCUUUUAUACAGUCCGAAUUUCAAGCGUUCAGAGGUAGAGAUGGGAAAGAACUACCCAGAAUUCAUGGAUUUAAGCUUCGAUCAAAUUCAACAACAGAGCUCUACUUUGACGCGUUAUUGCUCGGCUCCGGGCUCCUUUCUGUCGACCCUUAUGGAAAACAGUGGCAAUAAUGAUAACGAUGCUGUGGACGGUGGAUCUGAGGAGGAUUACCGUGAUCUCCGAUCCUCGAGUCCCGAAGUGGAGACCAUGUUAGAGAGAUUCAUUUCAGCUUGUAAUGAAUCUGACAACUCCGGAGAGAGAUCUUCAAUGAAGCAGGAGCCUAAGGACUACUCCAAAAGUUGUUCUGAAGCUCCACAAAUCCAUAGCAUACAUCGCCUGAAUUCAGUGGACUCUAAUUUGGAGAGCUCGUUUGGUGUUUUCAACUCUAAGGGAUUGGGAAAUUCGCUUCAACCUAAAAUGGGUCCUCCGAAUGAUAAUCGCUCAAAUCUUCUUCGGCAAAGUAGCUCUCCAGCUGGGUUCUUCUCCGCUCUAGCAUCUGAGAAUAGUUUUGAUGCGAUGAGAGGUGGCUCUAGAGUCGAUAGUCAGUUGAAUUUUUCAUCUGGGUCAGCUUCAUGCUCAAGGCGUAUGCCUCAGAUUUCUGAGAACCGGAGUGAGGAAGUGGGAAUAGAAAAUGGUAAUGAGUACAUCUCAAAUUUCCCAACGGAUUCUUGGGAUGAAUCAGCAUUCAGUGGCCUCAAAAGGUCCAGAGAUCACAAUGAUGUGAAGAUGUUUUCUACUUCAAGUGAAUUUGAAAUGGAGAGCACGGAAUUUGGAAACUGCAGCCGUGGUUUGACACAUCAUUUGAGCUUGCCAAAGACUUUUGAUAUGGCUCCUAGAGAAAAAGUUUUGCAUUUUCAGGGUUCUGUUCCUUGCAAAAUGCGAGCCAAGAGGGGCUAUGCUACUCAUCCUCGAAGCAUUGCAGAGAGGAAUAGAAGAACUCGGAUUAGUGAAAGAAUCAGGAGAUUGCAGGAUCUAUGCCCGAACAUGGAUAAGCAAACAAACACAGCAGAUAUGUUAGAGUUGGUGGUUGAUUAUAUUAAAGACCUGCAGAAAGAGGUUAAGACACUUUCAGACACAAAGGCCAAGUGUUCAUGUUCAAGCAAAAACAAGCAGUCAUCAAGUCCUUCUGCAUGAUUUGCUCCUGUACAGAGCCAGAACAAUAAUAACUAGUGAAGAUAUUGUUGGUGCAGAGAGAGGAGUCUGUAAGUUGUCAGCUAGGUGUAGAUUACUUGGGCUCGCUCCUUAUCAAAUUUUCAUAAAAAAGAAUAGUAAAUUCGUAUUCAGAUGGGAGAGUUUCUAUAUGCUUUCCUGGGGGGGGGGGGGGGGUUUCAUGAUAUAAACUGUUAUAGCUAGUUGGUUUGCGCUAUUUGUUCACAUUGCCUCCCCACUACAAUUGCAUAAUUCUACUAGCCAAGCUUUUGCCCUUGUUUAUAACUCCCAACCUUAAUUCCAAGUCGAAUAUCAGCCUUGAUGCGAUGUUGAGUUGCAGGAGGAAAGAAAUCAUGCCAAAGAAUUUAGUCUGUAUUGGUUAAAGAUUCGUUAACAUGAUAUUCUAUUGUAAAAUGGUAAUAAUUUUUUAUGCAUAAUUAGAAGUAUUUGUAAUGGAGAGUAUUUCUUAAUGACGUACAUAUGGUUGCGGAACUCUUGUUCUUUUAGGGGGCCUAUAUUUCUGUACUGGAUACCUUUUGCAUAUUCUAUUAUCGCUGAGAAUUCCUAUAAUAAGUAUCAUCUGAAAUGAAUUGGUUGGAACAAAUUGUGACCUUA